GAAGUUGACUAACCUGAUCGGUAACCCUCAUUGGCCGUAACCUGUCAUUGGUGUUAAGCAUUGCGUGGUUCGGUCUGUCUUGUAUAACAAGAGGUUUUUAUUUAGAUAUUUUCUUCGUCUUUUGAAUUGAAAAGAUGAGUCGUUUCUUCGCAACUGGAGGCUCGGACUCGGAGGGCGAUAGCGCGUCCGAAGAGGAGCAGGUAGUCAGGACUCAGGCGAUGCCCUUCCUCACUUUUAGUGAUGAUGAAGAGGAUACAAAACGUGUGCUUCGGUCCACAAAAGAGAAACGUUAUGAGGAGUUAACGAACAAUAUUAAACAAAUCAGGAACUUCAAGAAAAUCAAGGAUAUGAGCAGCAUGUUAAACAGCUUUGAAGAUAUGAUGAGGGCUUACCAAAAGGCAUUGCCCGUCAUCCAGAAAGAGGAAAAUGGCAACACACCGAAAUUCUAUCUUAGAUGUCUGGUUGAGUUGGAAGACUUCAUCGGAGAAAUGUGGGAGGACAGGGAGGGCAGGAAAAACAUGAGUAAGAACAACGCCAAAUCUUUGACUUCAUUGAGGCAGAAGUUGAGAAAGUACAACAAGGAAUUCGAAAGCGAGCUGGCCAAAUUUAAGGAAAAUCCAGAUCUGAUGGAUGAAGAUGAAGAACAGCCCAAAGAAGUCGAGGAGGAAUCUGAAGAUGACACACCCGGACCGACACAGUUUAAAAAAGGACCUUCUGAAGGAAGUGGUACCGACCAAAAAAUCUCCAGGGAUGAUGAUGAAGGAAGUGACGAUUCAAUUGAUUGGGGCAGUGAUUCCGAAUCAAGCACAGAAUCUAGUGAAGAUGAAGGACAAUAUACAAGCAUCAGAGAACGUUUCUUGAAGAAAACUACCGAUAAAGAAGAAGAGGAGAAGAGAGAAAAGAAGAAAGAAAGGAAAGAUAAAGAUAGGAAAAAGGUUAGAAAAGAUGAAGAAGAAGAUGGUGAAGGAGAAUGGGAGACAGUCAAAGGAGGUGUUGCCAUUCCAUCCGAAAAACCAAAAAUGUUUGCAAAAGAUGCUGAGAUCGAUAUGAAUCUUGUAUUGAAAAAACUUGGCGAGAUAGUUGCUGCCCGUGGUAAAAAGCGUACCGAUAGGAGGGAACAAAUCGAGCUACUCCAUGAACUUGCCACAGUAGCCGAUGCCCAUCAUUUAGGGACAGCGAUCAACAUCAAAAUCAAACUCGCUAUUAUCUCUUCAAUUUUCGACUACAAUCCUAAAGUCUCCGAUGCAAUGAAGCCUGAAUAUUGGGCCAAACUUUUGGAGAGGAUAUCUGAAACACUGGACCUUCUUUUGUCCACAAAUGAUAUUAUAAUUGGUGAGAACAUAACUGAGGAAGGGGAGUGUUUCGAUAAACCGCCUUAUAGAAUUAGAGGGUGUAUUUUGAUGGUGGUCGAACGCCUGGACGAAGAAUUUACCAAACUGCUCAAAGAGUGUGACCCGCAUUCUAACGAAUACGUCCAAAGGCUGACAGAUGAAACAAGAGUUUGUGCUAUUAUCGACAAGGUCCAGAUAUUCCUCGAAAGGCAGGAAGUCCCUUCAGACCUUUGUCGUAUUUAUUUGAGGAAAGUCGAACAUCUGUAUUACAAAUUCGAUCCGACUGUUAUUCAACAGAAGAAGGAACAAGAAAAAGACAAGGAGGUGUUCGGCUCAUAUCUCCAGAAGCUUGGCGAAGGAGAACCUGUCACCGAGACAAGCAUUCAGGUGAUGGAUAAGCUUUGCAAAUACAUUUACGACAAAGAUAACACCGACAGGCUGAGGACGAGAGCCAUUUUGGCCCAUGUUUAUCAUCACGCUCUGCACGACAACUGGUUCCAGGCUAGGGAUCUUAUCCUUAUGUCUCAUCUCCAAGAGGCUAUUCAUCAUUCCGACCCUCCGACUCAAAUCCUUUAUAACCGGACCAUGGCCCAUCUGGGGUUGUGCGCUUUCCGCCACGCUAAUAUCAAAGAUGCGCAUAACUGCCUCGUUGAUCUUAUGAUGACUGGUAAAACAAAAGAGCUACUUGCUCAAGGCCUUAUGCCUCUGAGACAACAUGAAAGAAGUAAGGAACAAGAAAAAGUAGAAAAACAAAGGCAAAUGCCGUUCCACAUGCACAUUAAUUUAGAGCUCAUAGAGUGCGUCUAUCUUGUUUCUGCCAUGCUCAUCGAAAUUCCAUAUAUGGCUGCUCAUGAGUUUGAUGCAAGGAGAAGAAUGAUUUCGAAGACAUUUUACCAACAGCUCAGGAGUAGUGAGAGGCAGGCUUUAGUCGGUCCUCCUGAAAGUAUGAGGGAACACGUCGUCGCCGCUUCUAAAGCUAUGAGGAAUGGAAACUGGGCUGCUUGCCGGGAUUUUAUCAUUAACGAUAAAAUGAAUGCCAAGGUUUGGGCCCUGUUUUACGAAGCCGAUAAAGUACGUGAAAUGCUUACUAGGUUAAUCAAAGAAGAAUCGCUACGGACUUACCUCUUUACGUACUCCCAUGUAUAUGCAUCCAUUUCGAUUGCUACACUCUGUGACAUGUUUGAACUUGAUAAAUUUAUAAUUUAUUCUAUCGUCAGUAAAAUGAUUAUUAACGAGGAACUCAUGGCUUCGUUGGAUGAUCCUUCGCAAACGGUUGUAAUGCACAGGAGUGAACCCAGUAGGUUACAGUCGCUCGCUCUACAGUUAGCGGAUAAAGUAAACAACCUCGUCGAUUCAAAUGAAAGGAUAUUUGAUACAAAACUUGGUAACUUUUUCCAAAGAGGAGGUGCUCAAAACGCGUUCAGACCGUACAACAGAUCUGGCGCGGACUGGAAGAGGCGAGACCGUGGUGAAAUGCAUGGAAGAGCGUAUUAAAAUUACAUUGCUCACAAUUAUUGAGUUUUCCCGUUAUGAACUAAUUUUUUUGUAACGCCAUAAUUUGAAUUAAAGUGGUCAACUUUUAUGAAUGUUUGUUAUUUCAUCGCAGUUUUGUUCUUUUCAAUCAAAAACAUACUACACAUUGUUACUCUUAUGGUUAAAUAUUUUUCUUUCUGUUUCUGUAUGAGCAUUUGUAAGAAAAAAAUAUUAGAAAAUAACAAAAACUUGA